AGGAGCCAAGGGCGGGACCGGAAGUCAGUCUCUGUCUCUCGGUUGCUAGGAGACGAGUCUUCUACAAGCCAGACAGAAGUUCUGCAGCUUCUUUUCCUCCCUUUCUCCACUUCAGCUUCCCCAAAGCCUGUCACCAUGUUGGAACCCGCAACUGAAACUUUGCGAAGUACCUUUCCCUCUUACAUGGCAGAGGGCGAGCGGCUCUACCUGCGCGGGGAAUUCUCUAAAGCCGCCCAGAGCUUUAGCAACGCUCUUCACCUUCAGAAUGGAGACAAGAACUGCCUGGUUGCCCGCUCAAAGUGCUACCUGAAGAUGGGAGACUUGGAGAAAUCCCUGAAGGAUGCUGAGGCUUCACUCCACAGCGACCCAACUUUCUGCAAGGGAAUUUUACAAAAGGCGGAGACCCUGUACACCAUGGGAGACUUUGAGUUUGCCUUGGUGUUCUAUCAUCGAGGUUACAAAUUGCGGCCUGAUCGGGAAUUCAAAGUUGGAAUUCAGAAAGCCCAGGAAGCCAUCAACAACUCAGUGGGAAGUCCUUCUUCCAUUAAGCUGGAGAACAAAGGGGACGUGUUCUUCUUAAGCAAGCAGGCCGAGAGUAUGAAAGCCCAGCAGAAGCCUCAUCCCAUUAAGCAACUCCCACACCACACCAAGAGAGAAUCCAAGCGGAAGGGCUCAUUCAAGAGUGAGAAGACUAUCCGCCAACUGCUGGGGGAGCUCUACGUGGACAAGGAGUAUCUGGAGAAGCUCCUACUGGAUGAAGACCUCAUCAAAGGCACCAUCAAGGGCGGCUUGACUGUGGAAGACCUCAUCAUGAUGGGCAUCAACUACCUGGACACCCGCAGCAACUUCUGGAGGCAGCAGAAGCCAAUCUAUGCCAGGGAGCGGGACCGGAAGCUAAUGCAAGAGAAGUGGCUGCGUGACCGCAAACGUCACCCGUCACAGACGGCCCGUUACAUCCUCAAGAGCCUGGAGGACAUCGACAUGUUGCUGACCAGUGGCAGUGCCGAAGGGAGUCUUCAAAAAGCUGAGAAAGUGCUGAAGAAGGUGCUGGAAUGGAACAAAGAAGAGGUGCCCAACAAGGACGAACUGCUCGGGAACUUGUACAGCUGCAUCGGGAACGCCCAGAUUGAGCUGGGGCAGAUGGGAGCAGCCCUGCAGAGCCACAGAAAGGACCUGGAGAUCGCCAAGGAAUAUGACCUUCCUGAUGCAAAAUCAAGAGCCCUUGACAACAUUGGCAGGGUUUUUGCCAGAGUUGGGAAAUUCCAGCAAGCCAUUGACACGUGGGAAGAGAAGAUCCCUCUGGCUAAAACUACCCUGGAGAAGACCUGGUUGUUCCAUGAGAUUGGCCGCUGUUACUUGGAGCUGGACCAGGCCUGGCAGGCUCAGAAUUAUGGUGAGAAGUCUCAGCAAUGUGCCGAGGAAGAAGGGGACAUUGAGUGGCAGCUGAACGCCAGCGUUUUGGUGGCACAGGCACAAGUAAAGCUGCAAGACUUCGAGUCGGCUGUGAACAAUUUUGAGAAGGCCCUGGAGAGAGCGAAGCUGGUCCAUAACAACGAGGCACAGCAGGCCAUCAUCAGCGCCUUGGAUGAUGCCAACAAGGGCAUCGUGGAAGAACUGAAGAAAACUAACUACAGGGAGAUGCUCAAAGACAAAGAAGAGGCCCCUGCCCUGAAUGAAGACAGAACAGUGGAGGCGAAGGAGAAGGAAGGGAAGAAAGGGAGGGAGGACACCAAGAAGGUGAUGAAGAGCUGGGAAAGGGAGCAAGGGGAGAGCGACGGAGACACAGAGGACGAGGAAUUCAAGGACGAUUCUCAGAGACAGAAGGCAGAGAAAGCCAGAAGAAGCUUCAGGGAAGAUUCCAGGAGAGUGUCGGAGGGCAGGACGCUGCUGGAGGUGGACAGGAGAGAGUCCAGGGAAAUUUACAGGCGGCCUUCAGAAUUAGACCAAGAGAUUUCCGGAGAAUUAAGCACAAAGGCCUCAGAAAGACUGGAGAAAAGAGUUUCUGAAGUAAGUUCAGGAGAGAAAGAACCGGGGGAAACAGAAGAAAAAGAAGAAGUGGAAGCGGAGGAAACAAAAAUUGCCGAAGAAAUGGAAAAGGAGUAGAGUGAAGCCUGCCUUACCAGGCAUUAGCAGGAGGCUGGUGCUCGAGGGCCACGACUCCUCUUAACUGGAUUUUCAAGCUGAGAUGUGUUUUUGAUGGGGGGGGGGAAUGGGAAACAGGUUCCCACAGGUCACCUCUACCUCUUUCUAUCACUAAUUUCUCAUUAAAUAUGUAUCUUUCACUUUUGCAAACCCUAAAUAUCAUUUUGCCCCCUCACUCCCACCCGUUUUCAGAAGAGCCUCAUGGAAGAAAUGAGAAAGGUGAUCUCAGACAGGUGAAGAAGCAGGUGAGCUCCAGGGAACCCAGAAAGUUAUAGUCGUUAUUAUUCUUUGGUACUAGGGAUUGAACCCAGGGACACUUUACCACUGAGCUAUGUCCCCAACCCUUUUUUAUUUUUAAUUUUGAGACAGGGUCUCAAUAAGUUGUUUAAGGCCUUGCUGAGGCUGGGCUUGAACUAGCGAUCCUCCUGCCACAACCUCCCGGGUUGUGCCACUGUGCUAGACUGGAAACCAGAAAGUUUUAAGGGAGAAGGAAAAGAGAACGGCCUGGGAGUAGUGGUGUGUCUACCCAGCUCCUAGCCCCUGGUUCACCCAGCAAGGACCUACUGAGUGCAGGACUGGAAGACCACACCACAGGAAGGAUCAGUGUUGGCUGGAAAGGCCUCAGCCAUCAUCAGCAAUCAUACUGUGGGCUGACUAGGCCCCAAAGCAGAAUGAAAGGAACGAAGGGAACGCUGGUGCUGGUGGUUGCUCUAAGGACCCAGAGGAAGAGAGAUGGCUUCUGCCACAGAAUAGCAGGGGAGCCUGGGAGUAGGUGCUGCAGAGGGACUCCACCUCUGCCACCUCUGGGUGGUCCAAUCAAGUAAAUCAGGCCACUAAAGCUUGUUUCCUCCUCUGUACAACAAGGAACCUGCCUCCAGGAUUGACCUGAGAAUUAUGAGUGCAAAGAAACUCUAAAAAAUCCAAGCAUUCAAUGGCUUUACUGGGGAGGUGGCGGCCUAGCAGUUGGCCAAAGAGGGUAAUUCCUUUACCACGGUGGUCCUGGGUCAGGGAUGAGGCUGACUUUUGCUGAAAAGGAGCCAGGACUAUGUUCAGGAAACGUGAGGUGGUUGCAAAAUUUACCGCAGUGACCAAAAACUAGACAAUUUCUUUUUUUUUUCCAUUUAAAAAAAUUUUUUGAGGGGGGAUAGCAGAGGAUAGGAAAGGCAGCAGAAUACAACAGACACUAGUAUGGCAAUAUGUAAAACAGUGGAUGUGUAACUGAUGUGAUUCUGCAAUCUGUAUACGGGGUAUAAAUGGGAGUUCAUAACCCACUUGAAUCAAAGUGUGAAAUAUGAUAUAUCAAGAACUAUGUAAUGUUUUGAACAACCAACAAUAAAAAUUAAAAAUAAAUAAAUAAAUAAAUAAAUAAAAUAAAAAAAAUUUUUAUGGGCUGGGGUUGUGGCUCAGUGGUAGAGUGCUCGCCUAGCAUGUGCAAGGACCUGGAUUUGAUCCUCAACACCACAUAAAAAUAAAUACAAUAAAGAUAUUGUGCCCAGGGCUG